UAGCUUUCUCAAAACUAGAAUUUGUUACGAACAAAGUGGACUAAGUUUUGUAGACUUUACCCUUUGCAAAAGUUUCAAAGUAGGCGUUUCCUAUUGGAAAAUGCAAAUACAUCCAUAGAAUGUGCCAAUAGGAUCUUGCCAGCCUGUGCUUGGCUCUGCACAACCCCAAGCUUGUCCUGCCCACUAUGAUUAAUUUGCUGCGAUUGGAAACGCGACACUGUGUGGUCUAUCUUGUUUGUUUAUAAAAAAAUCUUUGCUGCAAUGGCUUCCGUGGAGUCGCAACCACGGUUUGGUCAAUCUGUCAAAGGAUUGUUGUCUGAUAAAGUGGGCUCCUGCAGCGGGGAUGUGAUCGCCCUGACUCGCCAGGUGCUAAAGGGAUCACGGAGUCAAGAGCUUCUGGGACAGGCUGCCAGAAACAUGGUCAUUCAGGAGGACGCCAUUCUGCACUCAGAGGAUAGUUUGAGAAAAAUGUCCAUCAUCACCACCCAUUUGCAAUAUCAACAAGAGGCCAUCCAGAAGAAUGUGGAACACUCCAAAAACCUUCAGGAUCAACUGAGGCAUUUACUGAAAUGAAGUGUGCACUGAGACACUUAAAUGAAAGACUUUGAGCUGCUCCUGUCUGUGUUACCAUGUUGCUUCUUCUGAGAAAAUAUGUGCAGACCCGCCCGCCCCCGCUGCAACCUUGGGACAACAUUUCCCGGGAAGCCCAAUUCCUCAUUGAAACUAGUGGAGAACCCCCCCCCCUUACAAUGAUCUCAAACUGUGUUUUUAAUACACAAUGAAAUUAAACACAGACUACCCCUUGCUAAUCAGAACUCUCAGGUAUGUUGUGGUGGGCUGUCAUUACAAUUGCUUCACAGGAACCUAACCAGCUGAGCUAACAAUGUAACAAAUGUAUCAUUUUGUAUAAAAUAAUCCAACAGGCUCCACAUUACAAGAAUCGCAGUACCCCCUGGUGCGCUGUUCACUUAUUUAGCCAUUUAAUCCGUUUUUGAAGAAAAAUCAAAUUUUUCCACUGCUUUCAUGUGUUUGAAACGAGAGCUUGAAUAAAGUGUCCCACUCCAAAGCAGUUGCUUUCCAUUGGAGCACUGCGAUUGGUUGGCCAAAACUCUGGGGUGGUGCUUGGCGAAGGGUAAAUUCUAUCAGAAUGUUCUCUAACAUUGCACCUUCCUGAUGUAGCCCCUGGCCUUUUGGACUGGAGGCUGCCUGGAAGUCUCCCCAGGUACAUGCUGUUCUUAUGAAUAUGCAUACCAGCAUAUGGUGGUCUUAUCCUGCAUAUUAGUGACUCUUAUUUAUUAAAGCCCUACUCCAGUCUCCAUUUUAGCUCAUUUAUCACAUGAUUUAGUUAACUAAAUGCACAUCUCAAUUGGUGGCCUUUCCUCUUUUGGUCUUUAUUCUUGCAAGCAAAGGGGGAGGCCAAUGACAUCAGAAGGCACCAUCAGGCCAAUGACCUACUCCAUUGGAGAUUCUUGUUUGGGCAAAAUACCAUCCUCCCCUCUGUGACCCGGAAACCAAUAAGUGGUUGAGGAGUGUGUCAUUUCAUUAGUAGGCAAACAGAAUAGUGUCCUCCCCCGCCUACCUUUCAUUGAGGAUACUCGUGGAUCCUACAACAGAAGAGUUUAGAAAACCGGCCACACCUUUGAAUCAGCUUUUGUUUUGUCAGAGGAGAAAGAUGCACACAAAAAAAUAUAUAUGUCACUCAUUGUUUUAUCUAUAAAAUGUCUUGCACAACUGAACUUUUUUUAAUCACUUAACAUACUUAUUUUGGGAUCAACCCCGUAAACAUCAUUGCCUAAGGAUGCGCGAGGGGAGAAGGGUCGUCUCCCGAGUGGCGCAGCAGUCUAAAGCAUUGAAUCUCAGUGCAAGAGGCGACACUACAGUCCCUGGUUCGAAUCCAGGCUGAAUCACAUCCGGCCGUGAUUGGGAGUCCCAUAGCGUGGUGCACAAUUGGCCCAGUGUUGUCCAGGUUUGGCUGGGUUAGGCUGUCAUUGUAAAUAAGAAUUUGUUCUUAACUGACUUGCCUAGUUAAAGGUUAAAUACAAUUUAAAGCAAGCGGUUUUCCAUCCACAUUCACUUUCCACACCAACUCUCCUCAAUUACCUUUGACUUUUUGCAAAAGGAGGUGAGAGGACGCAGGAGGUGAGGACAUCUUGGGAAAAGGCCCAUGAAGUUUGCACUUGUCUAAAAAACUUUUUUACCCUUGUGUGUGUACAUUAUAAUAUGUAUAUGUGGGAUAUUGUUUUAACAGGAAAAGUUCUAAGUAUAAAUCAGAAUAUUUUCCUUCACAGUAGGGCGGGGCGGGGGUCGGAAUAAUGUAAUUUCAAUAUGAAUUGUUUUUUUACACUGGAUCUAGAACAUACUUAAUAUUGAUUGACGUUAGCCUAUUUAUUGUGAAAAUAUUGAAGUCGAUAUUUUACCUAUACAUUUUAUCUGUAUGUCCACAUUGUAGCCAUUGUAUCGACAUCUGGUAGUAAAAUGUCUUACCUGUCCACUGUGUCUGCAUUGUGACCAGAUAUCCUAGUCCCUCGUAUGCAAAUGAUUUCAUUCUUUCAAAAUAAUAUUUAUUUUAAGACACAUUGAAGCCAUAAAUCAAUUGCAUCACCUGUUGAUGAUUUUAAAGAGCUGGAUCAUGAUGAUUUAAAUGGUUUUACUGUUCAGGCCUCUUCGAUAUCCAGACAAGCUCCAUCUCCUAAUCUACACCUGUAAAAAUGUUGGUACAAUCACAAUGUGGACAAGAUCAGGACAAAGGAUGAAUGUUAGAACCAGGUAUAAAUAGGGCUUUAGAGAGUACACAGGGUAGUAGAUAGAGUUUGGAUAAGGGAUGAGAAGUCAUUCAAUUUCAAUAAGGAAGCAUAUCGCAUUUAACCUUGAUUAGCUUGCUCAUAGUGGUAUUAGAGCUAGCAGUCAGGGUACAUUUGGUCCAUUGAAAUGUGAGUGGUCUUUAAACUUCCUCAAACUUGGCAUAAAAGAGGCUGCCAUGGCAACAGUAUCAGCAACCUUCGAAGGCUAAGCAGCUGGCUGUCCUAGACCGUGACCCUGAGUGUCGUCAAGGGGAGGUUUGCAUCUCAAUGACCUACUCUCACAAGGGCCAAGUAAAGUGUUGCAAGUCUCGUGUAUUGUGCAUGUGCUAUAUCAUGCACACUAGGAAAGAAGUGGUGCGACUCGAGGGCUCUAGAGAGGUUGGCGUGUUGGGGACGAGCACUCCAUUUGAGCUCCAUGCAACUACUCCAGCCAAGAUCUGGAACCUUGAGAAUGUUCUUGCUGAGGGAAGAACAAUGCCACUUUAUCAGCUCCAAGGCCUGUCAGGCUGCAAUGAUUCAUAUGCACAGAGACCUCCUGUCACCUACCAAAGGUUUGCUGAAGCAAAUGUGCAGACACUAUUUUUGAUUAAACAAGACAUAAGAAAUGUAAAGCAAAGUACAAAUAAAUGUAUAAUGACCUGCUUA